ACUGGAGUCCAUCACAACUCCAUCGAAGAAGAAGACUCUAUACCUGAUCUCCAGGAGGGCCUUGGCAGCCUUUGACCAGUAAAGACCAAACCAGAGCUGCAAAAAAGAGACAAAAACAGAGACUUGUAAGAGACGCAUAUAAGACGCGAGGAGGGUGGACGAGACGAAAAGCUCAGGAGCAUGUUUUCCCCAACAAAUUCUUUCAAAUUGACGUUUGCCUGCGUGGUACUGAUGAUGAUGAUGACGGACUCAACUGUCAUGUCGAAGGGGCCGAAGAUGGUGCAGCUGCUGCUGGACCCCAGUGCCCUGGUUCCCAGCAGAACCAACCGGCCGCUGGAGAACGCCUCCAUCUCCCCCUGGGCUUACAACGACUCCGUGGACCCCUCCCUGCUGACGCAGCUGUCCGAGGCGCGCUGUCUGCUGCGCGGCUGCCUGAACUCCAGCGGUCGGGAGGACCGGCGGCUGGAGUCCAGGCCCAUCAUGCACCAGGUGUUACUGCUGCGUCGGGUCAAGCCCGAGGGGGCGGGGCCUAGGCCUGCACACAACUACCACUACCGCCUGGAGUCUCGCCUCGUCUCUGUGGGAUGCACCUGCGUAAGACCCACGGUCCAAGUCCAGGAGUGAAGUCAGAGAACCACCCUGUGUUCGGGAAAACCUCCAUGGCAGGAAAGAUCCAACAUGAAUAAGUAAAAGAUGGGGCCAUUUUCUUAUUUGAAGAUGAUGCAAAGAAUAAGAGAAGUGGGAGUCACUAUCGUGACUUUAAACGUAAUGCAUUCACGUAAUCAUCACUCAUUAUGACGUCAUAGUUUGCUGUUGUCUUUUAUCAUGCGCUUUGUUGCAUGUUGCUCUGUGACCUGAUAUCUGUUUUAUCUUUUUAUUUUAUAGCUUUUGUUUCGUAGCAAGUUGAAAACUGGAUAAACUACACAAAACUACACAGCUAAACACACACUGACGUUUAAAUAUGGAUUUUUUAUUGGAUUUGCUGCUUUUUAUUUUAAAAGUUUAUUUAAUUACGUUUUAUUUAAGUGUUUUAUGAUCUUUGGCAGAUAUUUAUUCAUGGGGUUAUUUUACUGUGGGUGUAUUUAUUGUU